AGCUAAUCCUAUUUGUUCAUGUGAUGCGGAAGUAUCAGUUCAAAGGUCACGAGCAAUUUGACAUAAACUCAAACAAGCGCUAUGGCGGGACUCAAGGCGACCGAUUGUGGCUACCGCUUUGUGGUCCUGUUCUUCAACUGCAUGUUGACAUUUGGCUCGUACUUCUGUUUUGAUAUGCCCAGUGUGCUCCAAGAUGAAUUCACACAGUCCAACAACUGUACCAACUCCACAGGAGGGAGUACAUUUGAUGCUGACUCCAGCAACAUCACGUGCAACAACUGUACCGACUGUCUGGGCAUGUCACAGGAUGACUACAACCUGCUCUACGCUAUCUACGCAUGGACGAAUGCUGUAGUUGUGAUUGGUGCUGGAUUCCUUAUUGACAAACUGGGAAACAGAGUGGGUGUGUUUCUCUUCUCCUUCCUGUGUGUGGUCGGGUCGUGCACGUUCGCUGUCGGUGCCAUGCUGAAAGGAACGUCUGCCAUGUUGCCUGUUAUGUUGUUGGGACGUCUGCUCUUCGGAUCAGGAAACGGUUCUCUCACAAUCGUACAGAACAAGAUCACGGCCUUCUGGUUCAAGAACAAGGAGUUAGCCAUGGCGUUUGGAUUCACAUUGGCCUUCUCGCGUCUUGGAAGUGUACUGAACUUCUUCUUGACGCAGUCAUUCUCUCAGACGUAUGGACUCUCAUGGACUCUCUGGGGGGGUGCCAUGUUGUGUGGCCUGGGCUUUGUGUCGGCCAUUAUUGUCAGCUUCCUGGACAUGUAUGGCGUCAAGCAACUCGGAGACGAUGCCAGCAUGAAAACCGAAUCCAAGAAACUGAGGUUCACCGAUAUCCGGUACUUCUCACUGUCUUACUGGCUGGUGGCGCUGGCUAUCAUGUUCUUCUACAACGGAGUCUUUCCAUUUGUGGCUGAUGCCAGUAAAUUUAUCUACGACAAGUAUGGCACACAGUAUAAUUUGAACCAGAAAACCUCGUCGUACAUCGCAGGCUCAAUCUACGACGUGUCCAUGUUGUUGUCUCCAUUCCUGGGUGGCAUCAUCGAUGUGUUUGGGAAGCGUGGCUACCUGGCCAUGUUGUGUGCGGUGUUCUCCAUCCCCGUGUUCGCGCUGCUGGCCUUCAGCUCAGUGUAUCCCCUGGUGGCGACCUUGUGUUUCGGGGUGACCUACUCUGUAGCGGCUGCUAGUCUGUGGCCAUCAAUUCCACUUGUGGUAACCCAGGCAACGGUUGGCACAGCAAUGGGCCUCACUACAUCUAUUCAGAUGAUUGGUAUCGGCGUUUCCAAUCUCGUUGUAGGCUCAAUUCUUGGGACAGAAAAACACACAUCCACAGCGACCAUCUUGCUGCGCUGGAAGUAUGUGAUGAUCUUCCUGCUGGCCAACGUCCUUGCCUGUGUCACCACCACCUUCUUCCUGAACGUCAUCGAUAAGAGGAAGGGUGGGAUGCUGAACCUGAGCCGCAAGCAGAAGUUGUCCCUGGCCCGACGUCUGCAGGAGGAGGAGGAUGUGGAUGCUGAUGAGGAGGUGGCCCCGGUGUACAGUGAGAGGGACCCCCUCCUUGGCAAGAACACCAUCAACUGAUCCCACACUCCUGGGUCUGUGGGAUGUUCAUAGGAUGAACGUAGUUCUCAACUGUCUCCGCGGAUGUAACAAGCAGCUGUUGAAUACAUAACACUUUUUUAUGGAUAGCAACUUUUUUUAUUCUUUGUACGACAUUUCAGAACUACUUCUUGCUCCUUUAUCAGAUGAAUUCACCUUUUUUGAGACAGUAGUCAUCAGGUGAAUUCAGCUGAUGAAGGAGCAAGAAGUAGCUCUGAAAUGUCGUACAAAGAAUAAAAGAAGUUGCUAUCCAUAAAAAAGUGUCAUGUAUUCAUGUUCUACCAAACUUCUAAAUGCAUAUCAAAGACUCAAAGCCGCUGCUGGAUCAGGCGGACGUAGAAUAGGUUGAUAACACAAAAGUAACUGAAUAUUAAUCACAAAUAUUGUGCAAGUAUAACUAUUUGUUUCAAAUGUCCAGUUUUAAAUGCAUUAUCUGACUUAAAAUACAGCAAAAUACAACCAAAUACUGAGUCAUCAGAUUGAAAAUACAGCCUGAAAAGUAAAAUAAAUCAAUAAAUAAACGAUAUAUAUGCAGCACAAACAUGCUGCAUGGAAAUUCCAUGCAGUACAAUCGUAAUACAUGAGAAUCUGUAACUUCGUGCUUUGAUAUCUGUGCUGCAUUUGAACCAGCAUGUAUAUUCAUAGUGUUUGUGCAGUUUGUGUGAUUUGAUCAUUGUAGCCAUUAGAUUCAUAAUGCAAGUGCGUAAAAUUAAUGCAUGAUCCUUAAAUUUGCAUUGCAGAAAGUAGGUCAGAAAACUGUUAAUUGGUUACAGAUUAUCAACGGUUGAAACAAUAGAUUGAUGUCAUAGCUGUAUUUUGAUUAGAGAACCAGCCAGCCAUGUAAGUCUGGAUUGUCUGCCCUGAGUGAGUGAAUGGUGUCAACCCUCUGUGUUGGACGAGGAGGGACUCCCAGCAUGCUCAAUAGACAAAUCAUUCAGAAUUCCGAGGUUCGAGUUACUCACUACAGGGAAACUUGCUAAAGACUAUUUUUCAGAUGAUGUGAUGUUAUGAGUUUGUGAUGCGGUGAACAAUACGAGAUGUCAUAUUGUUCUCAUCAAUGAACCAAAGUGAUGUUAUGUCAGAAGGGUUUUGUAUGUGUGUUUGUGAGUGAGAGAGAAAUAGAGAGAGAUUGAGGGGAAAGAGAGAGCAAGAGAGGGUUGGGGAUGGAGUGCUCCUUUUCCUGACAACAUCCUGAAAUCAGCAAUGAUUAAUUGUUUGCUUGAUACCAAUACAGCAUUUCUUAAAUUCAUUUCAGGUAUGUCAGCACCCUAUGUGUGACACUGACAUGUUCUCUCACAGCGGGGUGAUAGCGUUUGGUGUAAUGAUACUUACUCUUACUCAAGACCAAUUUCAUUUUCGUCUUGUACAGAUUUCUGAGGCCACGCCAAAAAAAGUCAAUCACAAAAAUCAUCAAAAUAUCAUUUCAAAUUUCUUUUUGGAAUUCAAUUUUAAGGUGAUUUACAUUCUUCCAGUAUUGCUUGACAACAGGUUUUACAAAUAUACUUUGAACAAAAGAAUUAAAAAAAAAAUUCUUUUUUUCUUUUCCAGAAGUGUUUAGCUAAUGAGUUCAACAAGGGAAAAAACUGGUCUUUUACUUUGCAUGUAACACAAAGUGGUGUUGAACCCAACUCACUCACUCACUCACUCAUUCACUUUGUAUGUACCAGUGUGUGCAAUUUAGUCAGUGCCAUGAGUAACUUACCUUCUGUAUAUAUUUCUUGUAUAUUCAUAUUUUUUGAAUAUUUUGAUAUUAAUAGUCACCGUUAUAUUUAUAUUAAUCAUCAUUCAAUCAUUGAAGCAAUCACUGGAUUGUCUGGUCCAGACUCGAUUAUUUACAGACCGCCGACAUAUAGCUGGAAUAUUGCUGAUUGCGGCGUUAAACAACAAACAAAACAAAUCCAUCAUGGAAGCUGGUUAUCAUGACAUGUGUAACCUAGUCUACAUCACACACAGCAACCAGGGAGUAUGACACACAAGCCAAGUACACACAAGAUGGAUGCCUUAUAUUCUGUAGCACAAGAUAACGAGGGCUGGCUAUUGAUAUAGAUUAUAGAGAUCGAUAAUUGCUUACUAAAUAUCGAUCAAUUAUCGAUAAGUAUUGGAGAAUUAUGUUUAAGCAAAUAUGCAAGUAAUGUGUUCCUAAAGAAAUCAACAUGUUUCACACCACUGGUGAGAGGUGACAUUAUGCAUAGAUUAUUUUGUGGACAUUUGAGAUUUAACAAAAACAGUUUUCGUCUUUGACGAUUGACAUUAUUGACAAUAACCAGUCUGUUUCGGUAAGUCUAAACUUUAUUUCUUCAUAAUAGCUUAUGUAAGUUAUUAUCGGUGACAACAAUUUCAUAUCGAUAAUCGUUAAUAUUCGAUCGAUUAUCGAUCCUUUUCCCCAGCCCUAAAGAUAACAUCAAUCAGUAAAAUGUCCUGUUUUCCAGAUUCCCAUCAUCCACUGCUUUCCACCGAGUACUGAAUACUGGGUACUGAGUACUGAAUACUGGGUACUGAAUACUGAAUACCGGGUACUGAAUACUGGGUACUGAAUACUGAGUACUGGCCUGGUAGAAUUAUUUGCUUGGCCACAUUGACUGAGGAAUGCCAGUGUUUGUUCUGACAGUAGUCUUCCAAAAGAAUUAUCCUGCAGACUAUUGGCAGAGUUGCAUCCCUUGGCCAUACCAGGAUCUGAAGUUUGUAGAUUUCAAACCUUUUUUCGCCUUUAUUCUAAUCCUUGAAAUGAAAUAAAUAGACCUGUUUCAGAAAUAUAUUAUAUGUGAACUAUGACAAUAGACUCAAUAAUUUGAGGCAGUUAUUUCUAGUUUAACCAAUUAUUGCAACUACUUUGCCCAUGUUUCCCCAUGUUGAAAAACUGUCCUUCCUUCAUGCUGCAUGGGAUGUCUUCAUUCAUGGACAAUGAGGGGUAUUUGUACAUAGCUACAUGUGCGUAUGUUAUUUUUUCUGUAUAAAUCAUGCUAAAAUAAGCAAUAAAACAGAUGGUUCAGUUCCACCUUGUAAAUAUGAAGUUA